AUGUCAGGUCUCGAUGUUGAGGCUCUACUCGAGUCCACAGCUGCUCCCUCUCAGGAACCCCCCCGCGACCAAGACGACCAGUCCAAAGCCGACAACAGUGACCGCCGUGAUCGCUCACGAGACAAAGAUCGCAAGCGUCGUGACCGCAGCCGCGAACGGCGUCGCGAGCGAGAUGGCGAUGGAGAUGAAGACUUGAGGAGCCCGAGAAGCGAACGUGGCAGUGCUAACGGAAGCCAUAGAAGCAGAAAGAGGAGCAGGAGCCGCGAUAGUGAACGCCGUCGGUCUCGUCGCGACCGGUAUGGGGAUGAAAACCGUUCCGGGGGUGACUUCUACCGCGGAGGUGGACGCGCCCGCACUCGAUCUCGCUCCCCCUAUGAUGACCGCUACUAUCGACCCUCUGGCCGUUCCCGUCGCGAAGAGCGGGACGAGGACCGACGCUCUCGCCGGGACCGGGAGAAUCGCCGACGCAGCCCUAGUAAAAGUCGGGAGAGAACCCCCGAGUUGAAUGAGGAUGAACGUGACCGGCGUACCAUCUUUGUGCAGCAGCUCGCGGCCCGGCUGAGAACGAAGGAGUUAAUCGCAUUCUUUGAGAAGGUCGGACCGGUUAAAGAGGCGCAGAUUGUCAAGGACCGUGUCAGUGGAAGGUCUAAGGGUGUCGGCUACGUCGAAUUUAAGAACGAGGACUCCGUCGCCCCUGCUAUCCAGCUUACAGGACAAAAGCUUCUAGGAAUUCCCAUUAUCGCGCAGUUGACCGAAGCGGAGAAGAACCGUCAGGCUCGCAACCCCGAAGCCAGCAGUGGCCAAAAUCACGCUGCCCCUUUUCACAGGUUGUAUGUGGGUAAUAUUCAUUUCAGCAUCACUGAAAGUGACCUCCAGAAUGUGUUUGAGCCGUUUGGCGAACUUGAAUUUGUGCAGUUGCAAAAGGAUGAAACUGGGAGGAGCCGGGGGUAUGGAUUUGUGCAGUUCCGCGAUCCUAACCAGGCUCGGGAAGCCUUGGAAAAGAUGAAUGGAUUUGACCUUGCUGGUCGAGCCAUCCGCGUUGGCCUUGGCAACGAUAAGUUUACCCCCGAGUCAACCGCGCAACGCUUGCAGAGCCAAGGUGCAAACCAACAGAAUUUCCAGGGGUCGUCAUUCUCAGGCCAUGGAGGCCGUGGCGUGCAAGCCGGCGGCACUAACAACUUCGACCGUGCGGGAGGCCGGGACUCGGAGAAGGGAGCGGGAGCCAGUGCGCUUGAUGAUACAGACGUUGCCGGUGUGAACUUCAACAACUAUAGUAGGGACGCAUUGAUGAGGAAACUUGCAAGAACAGAUGAACCGUCAGAGCCAGCCGCCGACGACAAACAGAAGAUUCUGCGCCCCAAAACGGAAAGCAAACCACUGCCAGUCAACGUGAACAUGGCGAGUCGAUGUGUGUUGCUACGCAAUAUGUUUGAUCCUUCCGAGGAGGAGGGCGAAAUCUGGAUUAAGGAACUGGAGGAUGACGUCCGCGCUGAGUGCGAAGAAAAAUAUGGCCAUGUUGUUCACAUUGCACUAGAUCCGAACUCGCAAGGCGAUAUCUACCUCAAGUUCGACCGCGUCCAGGGCGGCGAAAACGCCAUCAAAGGGCUGAACGGACGGUUCUUUGGAGGCAAACAGAUCACAGCCCAGCCGGUUGUCGACGCAGUUUACAGCAGCUUGUUCUCCCGAACGAAGGCGAUCUAG